AUGGCAGCUGCGGUGAGCACGGCCGUGGAGCAGGGCGACACGCCCCUUCAAUUGGAUGUAGGCCUGCUAGCCUCAUUCGACUUCAACCCAAUCUCUGCGCGUGCCUUCAAGAAAGACCCGGAGGGUGUUCUGCAGGCGCGUGCGCGGAACGCCACGCAGCACCUGGUGAACACCCUCUUCCAGUUGCCGAUCGAGCGCCACGCGACGUACGGGCCGCUAGCCUCGUUGCCCGCCUUUGAGACGGAGCUGCCGCGCGAGAAGCCGGUGCCGAAGCCCAAGCCAUUGACUAAGUGGGAGAAGUUCGCCAAGGCCAAGGGCAUUACGAAGCGCAAGAAAGACAAGAUGAUCUUUGACGAGGAGCGUCAGGAGUGGGUACCCCGCUGGGGCUACCAGGGCGCGAACAAAAAGCUCGAGGAUCAAUGGCUCGUCGAGGUGCCUACGAAUGCCGACGACGACUACCGCCCCGACAGAGAGGCAGCGAAGGAGCGCAAGGCGCGACAGGCCAAAAACGAGGCGCAGCACCAACGCAACCUUGCGCGCAAUGCGGCCGCCCCUGCUGCGCCCAAGGGCGAGCUCGGCUCGGGUGUGGCGCCGUCGCGUGCGCGCCGACGUGCUGCACUCGAGGCGGACCUGCUGCGCGCGCGUGGCAGCACUGCGUCGCUUGGCCGCUUUGACAAGUCGCUCGAGGGCGAGUCCAAGCCCCGCGGUGUUAAGCGCACGUUCCAACCGAAUGAGAUCGACGCCGGCCAGGAGCGCGCAGCGCACCUCGAGCUGCUGGCGAAAAUGGGCAAGGGCGAGCCGCAGAUGAACCUGCGCAAAGCCAUCAAGUACGCCAGCAAGGCGCAAGGCUCCAAAGCCCUCGCCGAAAAAGCGGCCCGGCGCCGCAAGUAG